UGUUGAGCUAACAUCUGCUUGCUGACACAUUUACUAUAUUUGCAGAAUGGAGUAUCUGUACUGGACUUUCAUUUGUUGCCUUCUACAUUUUGUUGUAGAGGCUGGGAGGCCAACAAAUUUUCUGAAGAGUUACAUUAUUGGAGGACAGAAAGCAAUACCACACAGUAAGCCUUAUAUGGCAUAUCUGAGACUGGAAAAUAAGGACACUGUACACUGUGGAGGCUUUUUGGUAGCACCUGACUGGAUAAUGACAGCGGCUCAUUGCGAGGUGCCAGGCAGAACCAUAACUGUACUGCUAGGUGCUCACAAUGCAGAGCAGCAGGAGGCAUCACUGCAAACCUUUGGAGUGCAAAAGUAUCACGUCCACCCUGAUUAUAAUCAUGGAAGUAUAGGAUCACCUAAUGACAUUAUGCUCUUGAAGUUGGAUAAAAAGGCGACUUUGAAUAAAUAUGUGAAGAUAAUUAAACUUCCCUUUUCCAGUUCUAAUGCAGAACCAGGACAAGUGUGUAAUGUUGCUGGAUGGGGCAUGAUUGGUGACACCACAUUUCCUGACACCCUGUAUGAAGUUAAUGUAACUAUCGUGAGCAGGCAUUACUGUUUGAAAUAUUAUAAUGAAAAGGUCAUAAAAGACAGUAUGAUUUGUGCUGGAGAAAAUGAAGCUGGAAAGGAUUCCUCACAGGGCGACUCUGGUGGACCACUGGUCUGCAAUGGUGUUGCAGAAGGAAUCGUAUCUUUUGGCCACAAGUACCCACCUGGAGUUUACACGCGAAUUUCAUCUUUCCAGUCAUGGUUCAACAACAUCAUGAAAGGAACCAAAAACUGAAGCCUGCUUAUGAAUUUCCUUGUCAGCCACUCUGUAUAAUAUAUUACUAUGCUCCCAGCUUUUUUC